AGCUGAUGCCUACGGCAUCCCGGAGAAGACCAACUGCCUCGGAACGCUGUCCCCGCAGCGACGGCCCGUUCCACCUCGCGAUCUGCCGGGUACCCGGGCGGCGUGGCGCUCGGCCUCCAGGAAGCCAAUGUGCGGUGCCAAAAAGGAGGCGGAGGCUCGCGGCACAGCUCUCCUGGCGCAGCUCUCGGGCCGCUGCCGCCGGUCCCAGGCCCGUCUCCUGGCCCGUGGCUGUCGAGCCUCGCGGAGAAAACAAGUUGAGCGCGAGCGCGUUGAUUGGUUGGCGGACGGUGCGAGGCGGACGCUGAUUGGCUGAGGGCAGCGCGAGGCGGGCGCUGAUUGGCUACGUCGCGCCGACGCCGGUGUUUUGCAGCCCCGGGCAGCCCGGCAAUCCAGCCCGGCCCGGGUCAUGUUGCUGGGACGCGGGCUGCUCGGCCGCCGCAGCCUCGCCGCGCUGGGAGCCGCUUGCGCCCGCCGAGGCCUGGGUCCAGCCCUGCUGGGAGUUCUCUACCACACAGAUUUGCGCAAAAAUCUGACCGUCAACGAGGGCACCAUGAAGGUGGAGGUGCUGCCUGCCCUGACCGACAACUACAUGUACCUGGUCAUCGAUGAUGAGACCAAGGAGGCUGCCAUCGUGGACCCAGUGCAGCCCCAGAAGGUCGUGGACGCGGCGAGAAAGCACGGGGUGAAACUGACCACAGUGCUCACCACCCACCACCAUUGGGACCAUGCUGGCGGGAAUGAGAAACUGGUCAAGCUGGAGUCGGGACUGAAGGUAUACGGGGGUGACGACCGUAUCGGGGCCCUGACUCACAAGAUCACUCACCUGUCCACGCUGCAGGUGGGAUCUCUCAACGUCAAGUGCCUGGCGACACCGUGCCACACUUCAGGACACAUCUGUUACUUCGUGAGCAAGCCCGGAGGCUCGCAGCCCCCUGCUGUGUUCACAGGUGACACCUUGUUUGUGGCUGGCUGCGGAAAGUUCUAUGAAGGGACUGCGGAUGAGAUGUGCAAAGCUCUGCUGGAGGUCUUGGGCCGGCUCCCCCCGGAAACAAGAGUCUACUGUGGCCAUGAGUACACCAUCAACAACCUCAAGUUUGCGCGCCACGUGGAGCCCGGCAAUGCCGCCAUCCAGGAGAAGCUGGCCUGGGCCAAGGAGAAGUACAGCAUCGGGGAGCCCACAGUGCCGUCCACCCUGGCAGAGGAGUUUACCUACAACCCCUUCAUGAGAGUGAGGGAGAAGACGGUGCAGCAGCACGCGGGCGAGACGGACCCGGUGACCACCAUGCGGGCCGUGCGCAGGGAGAAGGACGGGUUCAAGAUGCCCCGGGACUGAGGCGGCCCUGCACCUUCAGCGGAUUUGGGGAUUAGGCUCUUUUAGGUAACUGGCUUUCCUGCUGGUCGUGCAGGAAAUUGUCUUGAUUUAACCUUAAUUUUACAGCCCUUGGCUUGUGUUAUCGGAUGUUCUAAUGCAUAUUUAUAAGAGAAGUUUAAAAAGUAUUUAUUCCCAUAA